CCAACUACGGUAACUCGUCUGCUCGCAUUUCCUCCCAAUCCAUCCCGCCUCCAAACCCGAACUCCAAGUCGCCCCGCAUCGAUGGCGCCCAAGGCCGAGAAGAAGCCCGCGGCGAAGAAGCCGGCGGAGGAGGAGCCCGCUGCCGAGAAGGCGCCGGCCGGGAAGAAGCCCAAGGCGGAGAAGCGUGUCCCAGCAGGCAAGUCCGCCGGCAAGGAGGGCGGCGAGGGAAAGAGGGGCCGGAAGAAGGGCAAGAAGAGCGUGGAGACCUACAAGAUCUACAUCUUCAAGGUGCUGAAGCAGGUGCACCCGGACAUCGGCAUCUCCUCUAAGGCCAUGUCCAUCAUGAACUCCUUCAUCAACGACAUCUUCGAGAAGCUCGCCGCCGAGGCCGCCAAGCUCGCGCGGUACAACAAGAAGCCCACCAUCACCUCCCGUGAGAUCCAGACCUCCGUGCGCCUCGUCCUCCCCGGGGAGCUCGCCAAGCACGCCGUCUCCGAGGGCACCAAGGCCGUCACCAAGUUCACCUCGUCCUAGGCUGCGUGGCCUCCGCUUGCAGGCUUCCCUCGUAUGUUCGCGUGUCUUGCUGUAGUUAGGUGCUGCUGUGUCUGGUCUCCUCCGGUAGCAACUGUUAUCUGAUGGAACAGUAACAAUGCUUAUUGAAUCCAGCUAGUUGCUUAUUUGUGGAUCCUCUCUCUUUGUUGUUGGCCACCUUUAUCUCGUGAUGUUUGUGUGCAUGUGAAUACUCUGAAUGUGCAUUUCGAAGUUUGA